GUUUUGCUUGGAUCUAUGCGCACUACAAUCAUUCCGAAAAAAUAUGCACACUCCUUAAAACUUUAGGUUCAUAGUACUUGACUAAUCUAAAUGUGAGGCAUUGUACAAUUAUGAAUGUUAGUGAUGGUGGAUAUUUAGUCUUCAUGUUAUGUUCAUCUUCCUUUGGUGUUUAGGUACUUUUUUGUGUAAGAAUUGCUAAAAAGGAUUAUUAGAAGUAUCAGCAAUAUAUUUGUGAGUGACAUUUCACUUUUACGAACAAAUGUACUCUGCUUCUUCGAAGUGAAAAUAGUAAUUUUCUUGAGAAGAUAGUGUCUCAUUUCUCUACUGAGAGUGAUACUGUGACAUGAAAUAAGGUAUUUCUAUUUCUUGUUUUUUAUGAUGACCUUGAUCAGCCGUCCUUUAUUUUGGGAACUUCAAACUUGAAUGUUCUUAUGUUGUCUUUUGAGGAUGUAAACUUAGCUGGAGUUAAAAUCAGGUUGCCAAAUGUAAGUCUGAUGUAUGAAAAACAAUCAUAGUAUUGAGUAUGGAAGUCUGGAGUCUCUUGGGUAACAAAAAAUCAUGAGAUGGUAAAAGAAAAUAUAAAUGCUCCAUGAUGUUGAAAUAUCUAAUUCAUUUUAUUCUAAAACUCAGUUGAGCAACAGAGUUCAUCCAAACAGAGCAUUUUGCGACUAUAUGAAAUAUUUGCAUGGUGGUGCUUUAUCCUGACUUGCAAGAGUAACAACCGAAAAUUCCUUAUUUCACUGAUGUUAUAGUUGGCAGUCCGGUGAUUCCAGUUUAUCUCUGGUUUCAUGUUGGAAAUGGAUUGGAAGUUUCAGUCUGUCAGUACUGAUGCUCCUUCUUCCAUUCAUUAGUUGGAAUUUUGGUUAGGGAAGGAAGGAUAAAAUAUUAUCCAAAACAAACCCAAGUGAGUUUAUUGAAUGCUAACCUUACAAUUCAUAACUAUAUCAAGAAGUCUUUACACUUCCACUUUAAUCCCUUUUUGGGUCACAAGCAUGCUUACCCAAUGUUCAUGAAAAUGUUAAAGCCUAAAGCACACUAUGACUCUGCUAUCUUCGCAUAAUAAUUUAAUUUUGCUUUUGAUCAUAUAUCACUACAGGUUGUUGGAAAAUAAAAAAUCUACACGGGAAGACCUCGGCAAAUACUUUCAGCAACAAAGAAACAAAGUUGACCACCCCGUCAUCACGGUGAGCAAGCUGACAUCCUGCUCUGCUUCUUGAUGCGGUUCGGCAUGAUGGCGGCGCAGAUAAAGGCCUUCUUCGACUCCAACGGUGGCCUCUGGCAGUACCAGAGCAUCUCGGGCAAUCCCACGGGCAUCUUCUUUGCCAUGGGCACCCAGGGCAGGCAAGCGAAGACUCAGACCAUCGCCACCUGUCGUCUACAUUGAUGCUGGCGAGAGAAAAAAUACAAGGAGCUACACAACCAAAUUGGAUCCCCAUCAACAUCAGGACAAACAUUGAAGACAUCAAAGAAAGGAUAUCAAAGGAGAAGGAGGUAUUCCGAAAAAAGGAGAAGGAAGGCCUGGUCUGCUUUAUGAAUGGACACUCUUCCUGCUACAAAUGUGGCCAACAUGAUCAAUUCAGAUAUAGAAAUUAUGCCACCAAUUGUUCAUGGUUGUGCACUGAAUAGAUGUUCCUCUACUUGUAAUAAACAUAUUUUCCUUUGUUUAUGCAUUAAUGGAUAUGAUAUAAUUAGCGGUCCAAUUGUCAUUUCAGUAUCAUAUAUGAACUGUCAUCACUGACUAUAAACAAUCAGCCGUACUAAAAUAUACUAAUAUUCACGUACAUGUUAGAGCACCAAAAGCAACGAAAGGGGCGCCUACAAGUUGGCACCGCCCAAAACUCCUUUCAGGCGGCGCGCCAUGGGCGCGCCCCAACCGCUAGUAUAUGUUCCGACGUGUUGGCAUCCUCUAUGUUGUGGAGUUAACCACUAUGUUGUGGAGUUAAUCACCGUAUACUUUGGACAAUGUAUUCGUCUGUGUAGCCGGCGACUUGUUCGAGCACAUACGCGGGUCUCCCAUCCAAAUCAUCAGUCAUCAAGAGCAAGCCUCGUGUCAACUAAAUCCCGUCUCCGGUUAGAGCCCAAUGGAGUCAGCAGCGCGAGGAGGAGAGGAUCACGUCGAGAAUGGCUGCGACGCGCCGGCGAGCGGGAGCGGGAGGAGGAGGGGGCGGGACGAGUUCGAGCGCCCGCCUGAGUGGGACGCGCUGGACGCCCGGCUCGACGAGCAGGAGAGGCUCGACAGAGAGCAGGACGAAAGAAGGGACCCGGCGUCGCUGCCGGCCAUGCUGGCCCUUCCCUUGGCGAAGGCGGGCGAGACGAGAGAACAUCUCUGCCUCAUCUGCUUCGACGACUUCGUGCCCGGCUGCUACAAGAAGAUCAGGACGAUGGACUGCACUCACUCCUUCCACCAACGCUGCAUCUUCGACUGGCUUCUGAUUGACCGACGGUGCCCGCUUUGCCGCUUCGCCAUGGCCUCGGAGAAGGAACGUCUCCUGGAAGAGGAACAACAAGAACGCCUCCAUGGCCAAGGAGCUGCCGCGGCCCCGGCCGAAGAUGUUGAAUUUAAUUUUUCGAGCCGUGAAGAUGUUGAUAUUGAUGUUGGAACCAACUCCUCCUGA